AUGAUCUUCGCCGCCCGCCAACUUCAGGAGAAGUGUCAGGAGAUGCGGACCCACCUGUACUCCCCCUUCGUGGACAUGACGAAAGCCUUCGACACGGUGAAUCGUAAAGGACUGUGGAAGAUCAUGCAGAAAUUCGGAUGUCCUGAGCGAUUCACUCAGAUGGUGCGUCAGCUGCACGACGCUAUGAUGGCGCGAGUCACGGACAACGGAGCGGUCUCGGAGGCAUUCACAGUGACCAACAGAGUGAAGCAGGGAUGCGUGCUGGCGCCUACCCUCUUCAGUCUUAUGUUUUCUGCCAUGCUGAUGGACGCCUACCGUGAUGAACGCCCCGGGAUCCGCAUCGCCUACAGGAAGGACGGUCACCUGCUGAAUCAACGGCGGAUGCAAUUCCAAUCGCGCGUAUCCACAACCAUCGUUCACGAACUUCUCUUCGCCGACGACUGCGCCCUGAACACCACCUCGGAAGAGGAGAUGCAACGCAGCAUGGACCUCUUCUCUGCCGCCUGCGAGAACUUCGGUCUGGUUAUCAACACGCAGAAGACAGUGGUCAUGCAUCAACCGCCACCCAACUCAGCCACAGCCCCCGACGCGCCGCCGCAAAUCAGCGUGAAUGGGACCCAACUUCAAGUGGUGGAAAACUUCCCGUAUCUGGGCAGCACCCUCUCCCUUAACGCCAAAAUCGAUGACGAAGUCGCUCGCAGGAUCUCGAAAGCCAGUCAAGCCUUCGGACGCCUCCAAAGCACAGUUUGGAAUUGCCACAGUCUCCAACUGAGCACGAAGCUGAACAUGUACAAGGCCGUCAUCCUGCCGACGCUGCUGUACGGAGCGGAGACUUGGACAGUAUACACAAAGCAGGCACGUCGACUGAACCACUUUCACCUCAGCUGUCUCCGUCGCAUCCUGAGUCUGAACUGGCAGAAUCGAAUCCCCGACACUGAUGCGCUGGAACGGACGGGAAUCCUCAGCAUCUGCACCAUGCUGAGACAAAUGCAACAGCGUUGGAGCGGCCAAGAGGUGCGUAUGAACGACGAGCGACUACCAAAACGACUCUUCUACGGAGACGUCGCCACGGGUUCUCGUCGUCAAGGAGGCCAAAUUCGUCGAUACGAGGAUACUCUGAAGUCCUCCCUGAAGCAUCUGCAAAUUAGCCCGACCAACCGGGAAGAGCUCGCCCUCGACCGACCGACCUGGAGGAGGAAAGUGAAGACAGGCGCUGAGAUCUAUGAGGCCAACCGAAUCGCCGCUGCCAAAGUGAAACGCGACGCACGCAAAUCACAGCCACGCCCAGUCCGCAACGCCGACGCACAACCGCUUCCAACGCGUCCUCGGUGUCAACGGACAUUCCGGGCUCGCAUCGGACUUGUUGGACAUCUUCGGAUCAACUGUACCUCUCGGACCACACCAUCAGCCGUCCCUCCACCCGCCUCUUCCUCGUCCUCUCCGCCGCCAACUAACUCUGACAAUUCUUCUGAACCACUUCCAUCCUCCUCCUCCUCCUCUUCUUCCUCCCCCUCCUCCUCCUCCUCCUCUCCCCCCGCCUCUUCCUCCUCCUGUCCCACUGCACCAACCCCAGCCGCUCUGGUGGCCGUCACUCACACCACCAUCACACACAUCCAUGGCACAACAACAGACACCAUCCCUCCAACCUCCGACUCCAGGGGUGAGGACCAGGACUACACCUGCCCUCACUGCGACCGCACCUUCACCUCACAUAUCGGCCUAGUCAGUCAUUUGCGAAUCCAUCGCACAGAGGCUGGCGAACCAGUGCCUGGAGCACCAACCCAUAUCCACCAAACUCACCUCAACUGCCCACACUACCCUCACACUUUCACGCAUCGCAUGGGCCUACUCGGCCACAUGCGCAUCCACGACGACCUGCGGUAG